UUUUUAUCCAACAUCACAAAUAUCAUCAUUAUUCAUUCAUCACUCAACACCAACCACAGAGCUCCAAACCCCCCAAAAAAAUGGAGGAACAACAACUCCAAAACAGGCUAUACUAUUGGGGAAACACACCAGAAGAAGACUAUUACUCCAACCAAGGAAUCAAAUCCACCAAAUCCUUCUACACCUCACCCAGAGGCCUCACCCUCUUCACUAGAUCAUGGCUUCCCCUCUCCAGCUCCCCUCCACGUGGCGUCAUCCUGAUGGUCCACGGCUACGGCAACGACAUCAGCUGGACAUUUCAGUCCACCCCAAUCUUCCUCGCCCAACAUGGAUUCGCCUGCUUCGCCCUAGAUCUCGAAGGCCAUGGCCAAUCCAACGGCCUCAAAGCCUUCCUCCCCGAUGUCGAUCUCGUCGUCGAUGACUGUCUCAAUUUCUUCAAAUUCAUCACUACCCAAAACCCCCAAUUCCAAAAUCUCCCCAAAUUCUUGUCCGGAGAGUCAUUGGGCGGCGCGAUUUGUCUCUUGAUCCAUUUCAAAAACCCUAGUUCAUUCAAUGGAGCUAUUCUAAUGGCACCCAUGUGUAAAAUCUCUGAUAAAGUCAAACCCAGAUGGCCGCUUCCUGAAAUUCUGACAUUUUUUGCCAAAUUCGCACCCACUUUGCCGGUUGUUCCAACAGCUGAUCUUUUGGACAAGUCUGUGAAGGUUCCUGAGAAGAAAGUCAUUGCGGGUAUGAACCCUAUGAGGUAUAAUGGGAAACCAAGAUUGGGUACUGUGAAGGAGCUUCUGAGAGUUACUGAUUAUGUGAGUAAGCGUUUGUGUGAUGUGAGUAUUCCAUUCAUUGUCAUUCAUGGUAGUGCAGAUGCUGUGACUGAUCCAGAUGUGAGCAGAGAAUUGUAUGAGCAAGCCAAGAGUGAAGACAAGACUUUGAAGAUUUAUGAUGGUAUGAUGCAUUCUUUGUUGUUUGGAGAAACUGAUGAGAAUGUUGAGAUUGUUCAGCGGGAUAUAUUGUCUUGGUUGAAUGAUCGAUGCAAAUGAAUGAAUGAAUGAAUGAUUUGGGAUUUGGGCUUUGUAUUUUGGAUUUGAAAUGUUUGAAGAACAAUAUAUGAAUUGAAAUAAAUUGGUGUAUAGUUUCAUCAAAGGUAUGUUCUUGACUCCCCAUAUAUAGUUGACAUUGUAGUUUAAGUGUUUGAUAGAAGUCCUCAAUGGAAGCUUUAUGAAAUUGUUGUAAUACAGCAAACUAGCUGUAAAACCAUGCAAAUGUGUCUCUAUGUAAUUGUAGAAUUGGGGAUUUUAUCUUUUUCCUUUUUUAAAUAAAUUGUGACAUUGAAUGAAAAUAAGUUUUAGUACAUAGGUAUAGGGGUAUUCAACCCAUAUACUGUCACUAUGUAACUUAUUUGCAAUACAAUGAGAAUGUAAUGAAAAAUUUGCAAAAUCCA